AUGAGAGCCGCGCCCGUCAUCAUCACGGCCUUGGCCGGGUCUGCCUUGGCGGUGCCAGCUACCCAUCGAGGACAGGAAGGGCUCGAGACGUCGAGCAUUUCCGAAAGGAGGCGCGCAUGCAACAAGCCAGCUGCCGAUGGCCAGAGCAAGUGCUUCGCAGAGUCCUGCGGCAAGCAGGAUCCCUACGCCCCAGAGUGCGCAGACCACAAGCGCUACAUCCAGUGCAUGAUGCCCGUUCGCGACGCCAACAUGAAAUGCCUGCUGGACCGCAGCAGGGCCAAGACGACGGCCUGGGCUGCUCACGAACGAUGCAGCAGCGAGGCCGUCAGUGGCUUUAGGGCCUGCCGCAACGAGGGAGCUAUUGUCGACAGACUCUGGCUAGAGUGUUCUGCGAGGACCGUGGACGCCUACGAGCAAUGCGUCCAAGCCGUUCCCGCGACGACAUCUGCAGACAUGGCGGCCUCCGAGUCGGUCGAAAGGCCCUUCGGCAACGACAGGCAGCUCCGAAACCAGACAAUCCGGGAACCCAUCUGGGCCGAACGCGAGCCCAGGAACAAGGAAUUCGCAGACUGCGAGGCCAAGCUCCCCGGCAACAAGUGCGUCAGAGACUUCUUCCAUCUGCAAGGUUCUGUCGGGCGGUUUGUCAUGAACUGCAACGUCGGUGACCUGCAGAACAGGAAAAGCCCGCACCGGAUUCUCCUGAGCAAUUAUCCCUCGAGUAUGUUUCCCGAGGGCCCCGAGUGCGGGACCGUGAACGGCACUGUCGUCGUUCUCACCAAGGACGACUACGAGCCCAUCUGCAACGCGUGCUUCAAGACCAGUAAGAGCUCGUCGCGGCGCUGUGGGCGGCCGGGUAAUCCCACGGCUGGAAGGGCCUAG